AGCUGCUGAGCGCCGGCCCCACCGAGCCCUGGUCCAUCCGCGAGAAGCUCUGCCUGGCCUCCUCCGUCAUGCGCAGCGGCGACCAGAACUGGGUCUCAGUCAGCAGAGCCAUCAAGCCUUUUGCAGAGCCAGGACGUCCACCUGACUGGUUUUCCCAGAAGCACUGUGCAUCUCAGUACUCAGAGCUCUUGGAGACCACGGAAACCCCUAAGAGAAAACGUGGUGAGAAGGGAGAAGUUGUGGAAACUGUGGAAGACGUUAUUGUGAGGAAACUGACUGCAGAACGAGUUGAGGAGUUGAAGAAGAUUAUUAAAGAAACACAGGAAAAAUACAGGCAACUGAAGAAGGAUGCAGAGCUGAUCCAGGCUGGACACAUGGAUAACAGACUGGAGGAGCUGUGCAAUGAGAUUAUGAUAAAGAAAAAGAUGGAGGAGGAGGAGGCAGAAGUCAAGAGGAAGGCUACGGAUGCUGCUUAUCAGGCUCGUCAGGCCAUUAAGAAUCCUCCACGCAGACUGACCGGAGUGAUGGUUCGCUCCCCCGCCGGCUCCACCUCCCCUGGGGGGGAGUAUGCCCUGGGAGAUCUGUCCCAGCCUGCUGGGGAUGAGGCCAGUCCAGGGGUCGGUGAAAACGAAAUGGCAGUGGCUUCUGGUCACAUGAACAGCUCAGGAGUGCUGCUGGAGGUAGGAAGUGUCCUUCCAGUGCUGCACAGUGGGGAAAUGCAGUCGGCACCUGGUGCUGUCCCUGCAUCUCCUGCUGCUUCAGGUGCUCCUACGCUUUCCCGGCUUUUAGAAGCUGGUCCUGCACAGUUCACCUCACCUCUUGCUUCCUUCUCCGCUGUUGCCAGCGAAUCUCCAGCUAAACUCCUGCCACCCCCAGUAGAGCCUGUGUCCCAGGCAACUAUUGUCAUGAUGCCCACGCUGUCAGCACCAUCCGUUGUGCCACCAGCUGCAGCUCCAGAAAGCGUAGCCACAGUGAGCCAGCCAGAAGCCUGUGUUUCCAUGGAGGCAGUGUCAGAUUCCCAUACUGUGACAGUGUCCAUGGACAGCAGCGAAAUAUCCAUGAUCAUUGAUUCCAUCAAGAAAGAGUGCUUGGGUUCUGGGGCUGGCAGCACUGCAGGGUCUUCCAAAGAUCACUGCAUGGAUGGGAAAGAAGAUCUGGAUUUGGCUGAGAAGAUGGAUAUUGCAGUGUCCUACACAGGGGAAGAGCUGGACUUCGACACAGUGGGAAAUAUUAUCGCUAUCAUUGAGGACAAGGUGGAUGACCACCCUGAGGUCCUGGAUGCAGCAGUGGUUGAAGCUGCUCUGUCUUCUUUCUGCGAAGAUACUGAUGACCCUCAGACCCUUCCUGGCCCCUGGGAACACUCAAUUCGUCAGGAGCAUGAGAAACAGGCCCAGAUACCCCAAGUGUCUGUGACUGUGAAGCAGGAGAGACUGGAGUGUGAGGAGCCAGAGGCAAAGGGAAUUCGAGACCUAAUGGGCAUUGGCGAGCUGGGAUCAGAAAUAAAGACAGAACCUGCAGAGCAGGAGCAGAGUCAGCUGGGCCCUGAGGAGACCGUACCAGCAGCUGCAAGAGGGUCAGAAACACCAGAGCUUAGAAGUCAACAGAUAGAAGAAGAUCAAAGAGCAGCUGUAACAGCAGGAGAGACUUCUGAAAUCGAGAUGGAGUCGUCCAAAGGAGAAGAUGCAGUGCUUAAUCCAGUGAAGACAGAGACCCCACCUGAUGAUGAUUCAUCCCCUCCACAAGUCCCAAAUGUGAGUGAAGACUCCUCACAGGCUGAUGUUCAGCACAAAUUUGAGCUGUCAGAGUCAAUGAAGGAAGAGGCCCAAGCCCUGUUUAGGAGUCAGAUGAAGGAUGGGCAGGGUGAGGAGGAUGAUGAGGACGGUGCCAGUGAGGCUGCCAGUCUGGAGGAGCCCAAGGAAGAGGAUCAGGGUGAGGGAUAUCUGUCAGAGAUGGAUAAUGAACCCCCCGUGAGCGAGAGCGACGACGGCUUCAGCGUCCACAACGCGCCUCUGCAGUCCCACGCGCUCGCCGACUCCAUCCCCAGCAGCCCAGCCUCCUCGCAGUUCUCAGUGUGCAGUGAGGACCAGGAAGCGAUACAGGCCCAGAAGAUCUGGAAGAAAGCCAUCAUGCUAGUUUGGAGAGCAGCAGCUAAUCACAGGUAUGCCAAUGUUUUCCUCCAGCCUGUAACUGAUGAUAUAGCACCAGGCUACCACAGCAUUGUGCAGAGGCCAAUGGAUUUAUCUACCAUCAAAAAGAACAUUGAGAAUGGGCUGAUCCGAACCACGGCCGAGUUCCAGCGUGAUAUCAUGCUGAUGUUUCAGAAUGCAGUUAUGUACAACAGCUCUGACCAUGAUGUGUACCACAUGGCUGUGGAGAUGCAGCGAGAUGUCCUGGAGCAGAUCCAGCAAUUUCUGGCCACACAACUGAUCAUGCAAACAUCAGAGUCAGGGAUCAGUGCAAAGAGCCUGCGUGGGCGAGACUCCACUCGCAAGCAAGAUGCUUCAGAGAAGGACAGUGUCCCAAUGGGCUCUCCUGCCUUCCUUCUCUCUCUCUUUGACGGAGGCACCAGGGGGCGGCGCUGCGCCAUCGAGGCUGACAUGAAAAUGAAGAAAUGAUGCUGCAGGCAGACAAGAGAUUCCCAGCACCAGGCAUCCAGAGCUGGAGCACAACCAGGCUGCUCUCAACAGCUGUCGGAGGAGGAAGAAAAGCAGCAGGUCCAUUUCCAGCACCUGCUUCACCUUCUUGGCUUUGCCCCUCUGGAAAGCAGUGUCCUGUUGGAAUGUGUAACCCAAAGAAACUUCCCCAGAGGGGAAGACUAGCCCCCCCUGCCCGUUUUAGGGCAGUUGUCUUGGGCUUCAUCAGUGUUCUGGUGUUAGCUAGCAACUGGUGGCUCGUAUGUACUGUAAUGUGAAGUGUACAGAUUUUUACUAGUGAUGUGUAAAUGUGAUGUAUAUUAAAAUCUGGG